ACUGAGCUCUGCUGUGGGGCGUCAUACACAUACACUGUAUCAGUUUCAGCCGCGUGUGACGCUGCUGGUGUAACAGAGUUGUAAAUGAAGCUGGAAGAGAAAAAAGUGGGCGUUUCUGUCGACUUGCACUAAAGCAUGGAUUAUGAGAGGAGGGGCGGUCGUGGUGACCGCAUGGGUCGCUAUGGGAAAGAGUCUGAUGAUCAUGACUAUAGGGACAUGGACUAUCGCGGCUAUGGGCAAGAAAAUAGACUGAAUAGCAGGUUAACAAAUGUAAGACAGCAUGAGCCUGAUAGUAGUUUUGAAGGCGUGAGAGAUUUUGCCUCAGGUAAUUUGUUGAAUAACCGACCCGUAUUCAGACAAAAGGGAAACCAUGGGUCCAAAAACAGCCAACUUGGAAAAAGUCUCCUCCAAAGUUCCCCAAAUGAGAAUAUCCACUCAAGAUUCCAGCAAGAUGAUGAGGAUUAUGAGUUUGACCCAGAGAUUGAUGCACACAGGAGAGAUAUGCAGACAUUUAGAUCAGGACCGAAGGUCUAUCUGGAUGAACAAAACCCAGAUGGAGGUGAAGAAAAUGAGGACAACACCUGGGGCAGAGUUAAAGGGCGGCACAACUCUCAGGGCGAAUACAGUGCAGAAUGGAGAGCUGAGGAAGACAAACAUAUCAGACAUUCUGCACACAAACAAGGCUUUCCUGACCAAUCCCAAACAGCUAGGGACAAAAUAAGAGAUGGAAGCUUUCAUCAUGCUCUGGAAAUGAGCCAGGAGGAGUCAGAACCCCGUGACCAGGACUACAGGUCUGAUACAGAGCAGGUCCAAAAACCCAGCAACAUUGUCAUGCUGAGAAUGCUCCCACCAAAUUCAACUGUUAACGAGAUUCGGGCUCAACUGCAAGAGCAAGGGAUCCAGCCCAGAGAGAUUCGCCUCAUGAGGAACAAGUCUUCAGGUCAGAGCAGAGGAUUCGCCUUCGUCGAGUUUAAUCACUUGCAGGAGGCCAGCCGCUGGAUGGAGACCAACCAGAGAGUGCUCACUAUAUUGGGACAGCGUGUAUCUAUGCACUACAGUGACCCAAAGCCCCGUGCUAAUGAAGACUGGCUCUGCAAUAAGUGUGGAGUACAGAACUUCAAACGAAGAGAAAAGUGUUUCAAAUGCGGAGUUCCAAAAUCAGAGGCUGAGUUGAAACUGCCUCUGGUGCCAAAGAGUUUACCUCUGGGGCAAUUAAAGGACUCAGCUCAGGGUUUACUGCCCCUUCCUGCCAUAUACCAGACAGCAGCUCCACUAAUCAACUUAAGUUCCUCGUCCCCGGCUGCCGAGGUGGCCAAUGACACUCUGAUUUUGAGGAAUCUGGGACCCCAUACAACGCUGGAGGCCAUUUUGUCUGCUCUGGCCCCGUUUGCUACUCUCUCACCUUCAAAUGUACGGCUCAUCAAAGACAAACAGACGCAGCUCAACCGAGGGUUUGCUUUCCUGCAGCUCACUACUAUUGUGGAGGCUUCACAGCUGCUUCAGAUCCUCCAGUCCCUGCAGCCUCUUCUCUCUAUCGAUGGAAAGCUAAUUUCUGUGGAGUUUGCCAAGGGCUCCAAACGUGAUGUUUUUCUGACAGAUGGCAAUCGGGUGAGUGGGGCGACAGUAGCGAGUACAGCUAUAGCUGCAGCUCAGUGGGCCGUCACGCAGACGGCCCAGCUCUCGGCAGCAGCUCAGAGCGGUGAUAUCGGUGUGCACCAGCAGGGGGCGGCAGCAGCUGUGUUUGGGCUGGAGGCAGUGCAGGUUGUCAGUGCAGAGACGCAAGCCUUUAAAGGGCCAGUGCCUGCGCUACUGACCAGCCACACAACAUUAGGUGCUACUGACGGAGGAACAGCCUCUACAGGAGAAACAGGUGCUACCUCCAUAUUGGCGCUCGCAGCAUCCCACACUCAACUUAUCACCACUACAACCUCCACACAAGCCCAUCAGUGCCAGCAGUACCCGGAUCCUGACAUAUCCACGUACCAGUACGAUGAGAGCUCUGGCUAUUACUACGACCCCCUUACAGGCCUCUACUAUGACCCAAAUUCACAGUACUACUAUAAUCCCCAUACGCAGCAGUACAUGUACUGGGAUGGGGAAAGACACACAUAUGUUCCUGCCCUGUCACAGACGUCCGAUAACACCACAGACGCUGCGGCCGCAGGAGCAAUCUCUGACCUUACAGGUGCUCCCAACAGCAGCAAGGACAAGAAGGACAAGCCCAGGAAUAAGACGGCACAGCAGAUCGCCAAAGACAUGGAGCGGUGGGCCAAAAGUCUGAACAGGCAGAAGGAGAAUGGGCGAGUACUGAGCACUAGCUCUCGACUGAUGGCACAGGGGAGACCCGAUGACAGACGGGAAUCUGCCAGCGCUGAUGCAGGCUACGCCGUCCUGGAGAUGAAGGGUGCCUUGCUGGAGAGACCUCAGAUUCUGAUGGAGCAGAUCAAACAUCCAGAAGAGAGAGAAAGUCCUCCUCAGGGUCUGGUGGCAGGAUACAGUGGAGAGACAGACAGUGAGGAGGAGGCCGGAGAGCGAGAGGAGAGGCUGACAGACUGGUCUAAAUUGGCCUGUCUGCUGUGCAGGAGACAGUUCCCCAGUAAAGAGGCUCUGAUCAGACAUCAGCAGCUCUCUGAGCUACACCGGCAAAAUCUGGAGCAGAGGAGAGCCAGACAGGCUCAGUCAGAGACACAAGAGCGAUCAGAAACCGAGCUGAAAUACAGGGACCGGGCAGCAGAAAGAAGAGAAAAAGGGGCCAUCCCACAAGCACCAGAUGCAAAAAAGAGGAGAGUCAGCCCCGUCAGUGGCGUGGGAUCUCAGAUGCUUCCUGGAAGGAUGGAAAAAGGCUUUUUCACUCGAAACCUGCCAGUGGAAUAACGUCGGUCUUUGGACUUCCUUCAGUGCUAAACGAAAUGCCUCGUGAGCAGUUUUUAAUCAUAUGGUGCAGAACACAUGCACAGUGCAGCUAAGAGACCAUCGUCAGGAUGCGUCACAAAGAUGAGAAUGAUGAAUAUAAAAUAUAUAUUACUUUAUGGGAUUCAGGUUGAUUUAAAGAACAACCCUCAGGACCCUGAGAAAUACAAAAUAAGCUUCUAAUGAUAGCACACUGUUACUGUAAAUACGGUCCAACUAUGACAUUCGUGGACUUUAGCCCAUUGUCGGCUUCCCAGAAAGCAAUUUGUGAAUAUUUAUAGAUGGCAUGAAUUUAUGAAACACUUUGCCUUUCUGGGAAGCUGUGGAAAUGAUGUCAGGGUGGAAAACUGGGAUAAUUCAGAAACUAUUUCAUGUAGUUUCUUCAUCUUUUUUGUCCCUUUAAGUAUGAUUUGAAUAACAGCCAUCAUGGGCCCUGAGGAGAAGCUUUGCUAGUAAGUGUGCUAUGCAUUUGCAUGUCUUGUAUGACAUGACCGUCUAUGCAGAAAUGACAGACAGCGGCUGUCUGUGUUGACUUGCACAGUAGAUUAGACUUUAGUGAUUAUCUUGAUGAAAAGGCACAGCAGAUGAUUAUUGUUUACCUAUAUUAAUUUUUAUUAACCUGAUUUGCAGUGUAUAUGUGUCGUAUUAUAUGACUUAGACUAUAUAAGCUUUAUAAGAUUAUAUAAGCUGGUGUACAUUUUUUUUUUAAUGUGAAUUUAAGGUGGACUGAGUGAAUUUGUGAGUGUAUGUCCUUAUGAGCACUAGGUGCCAUUAUGGGGUUUUUUUUGUCGUUGUUGUUUAAUGCAUAGAUAAACAUCAUGCAAAUGAUUUUCAGAUUCUAAUUUUGCUGAAAUGUCUUCAGAAAAGGCUGAAAGCCCAUUUUGGUUGACAAUUUUGUUUAAAAAAUGGUUCCUAAUGAAAAAUGAUUAGCAGCUUUUUUUUCCUUCAUUAGGUUAUGUGAAUAUAGAACAUGACUAUUGAGAAUGUGACAUUUUGAAAGGAUUUCAGAGGAUUUUUUUUACAUUUAUGUCUAAAUGAAGUAAGAGAAUCUUACCAAA